AUGGCAUUCUCGAAGACACUGCUGGUGUUGGCCACCUCAGGCCUAAUGCCCUUGGCAUGGGCUAAGCUGGUUCAAUUUGAGUUGGAUGUGACUUGGCAAAAAGGUGCCCCCGAUGGCAACGUCCGCGACAUGAUAUUUAUGAAUGAUCAAUUUCCUGGACCUGAAUUGCGAUUGGAUGAGGGUGACGAUGUUGAGGUCGUCGUCCACAAUAAUAUGCCCUUCGACACCUCGAUUCACUUCCACGGCAUUGAACAGCGUGACACGCCGUGGUCUGAUGGUGUCCCUGGCCUGACACAAAAGCCGAUCCAGCCGGGCCACAGUUGGACUUACCGGUGGAAGGCUACUCAGUAUGGAACCUACUGGUACCAUGCUCAUGCCCGUUCUGAAAUGAUGGAUGGUCUAUAUGGUCCCAUUUGGAUCAAUCCGUCUCCCGAGACUCUAGAUCCGUUUCACCUAAUUUCAAACACCCAUGAUGACAUUGAAGCUAUGCGGAAGGCGGAGAAGAAUCCUCAGCUGAUCAUGCUGUCCGAUUGGGACCACUUGACAGCGGCUGAAUACCAGCAGGUGCAAGAGGAUAGCCGUCUCAACAUAUUCUGUAUGGACAGUGUGCUUGUUAAUGGGCGUGGUGCCGUAUAUUGCCCUGGAACCGCAAACAUCUCCAGCGUUGAACAGCCUUACCUCAAGACUGCAAUUGAUAACCAGCCGCUCACUGACAAGGGUUGUCUGCCCAACACCUAUGCCACCCAGGGCGACUUUCCACCCACACACCCUGAAAACAUCCCAGAAGGUCUCAAUGCCGGAUGCAGUCCUACUACUGGUCUGCACGAAAUCAUUGAGGUUGAUCCUAACGAUGGUUGGGUUGCGCUCAAGUUCAUCAGCGCCGCUGCUCUAAAAGCCCUGAUGUUCUCUAUCGACGAACACCAGAUGUAUAUUUACGAAGUUGAUGGAAGCUAUAUCGAACCCCUGCCUGCUGAUAGUGCCACUAUUUUCAGUGGUGAGCGUUAUGCUGCGAUGGUUAAGCUUGAUAAGGUGUGGAAUGACUAUACCAUCCGAGUUCCGGCCACUCAGGGUGAUCAGGUCAUCUCAGGCUUUGCCACGCUGCGAUACAAGGGCUCCUCGAACACUCAGCCGUCGAUGCCUUAUGUUAACUAUGGCGGCCAGAGCACCUCUGCCUCCGUUGUUCCUUUGGAUCCGAGGGACAUGAAACCCUACCCACCUGUCACGAUUCCCAGACAUGCCGAUCAGCUUGUCAAUCUCACUCUUGGCCGCUGGGGAUCCUCUUACACCUGGACCACUGCUGGGAAUGCACUCUAUGACGUUAUGGCCAACUGGGAUGACCCAAUUCUCUACGACUUGAACGCCAAGGACAACCUGGCUCAGCAGGUUACCAUCCAAACCAAGAACGGAACUUGGGUCGACCUGCUUCUACAGCUGGGUGAGAUGCCGGAUACCCCUCCCGUCCAACCGCCUCAUGUUAUGCACAAGCAUUCCAACAAGGCUUACAUUCUCGGAGUUGGCCCCGGCUUUUUCAACUGGUCUAGCACUGAAGAAGCAUAUAAUGAGCGUCCUGAUCUGUUCCAGAUGGACAACCCUCAGAGGCGAGACACAUUUGUCACUAAUGGCCCCCACGGGCCCACCUGGAUGAUUGUGCGGUACCAGGUGGUUAACCCGGGUCCAUUUUUAUUCCACUGUCACAUUCAGACCCAUCUCACAAACGGUAUGGCUGUCGCUUUGCUUGAUGCAGGGCAAGCACAGGCUAGUGGAUAUGGUCAAGGAGGUGGUCAAGAACAAACCGGGGCGCAGGGUGAACAGACUGCGUCUAAACCCCCACCUCCUGCUUAUACCCCCGGCAAAACGCCUAUUCCAGCCCUGGUUCCGACACCUGUUCGUCCUAGCUCACAGCAAUCACCCCGCCCCCUCACUCCCUCUUUUGAGCCCGAGACCGCUUGGGAAUUGCGCAAACCUAAGGAUGAGUGGAGGCGAUCAAGUCUAUGGCAGAUCAGUGCACGGAGCCAUACCAUCCAUUCUAUGACCCACUUCCGCGUGUGA